AUGGUGGAAGCGUCAUCAUCAUUAUCGAACAUCAGAGCCUCUGGUUCAGAGGGGGGACUCAACUCCACGGGACUCGUGGAACAAUCCUCAAAGUCUGAACCAGGCAUGGCGACAAUGCUGCUGCCAGUCACUCUCUGCCUCAGCUUGGUCCCUGUGUGUUUUGGAGCUGUGAUUCCGGUUUCAUGUGGAGCCAUCUACAAGAGUUUUGCUCAGUGUUUACUCUCACUUGGAGACAGCUUGGUGGAAACUCAAAAAGACCAGAGUACGCAGGACAUUGAUGCCAUUUGCAGGUCCUGGAAUGCGUUCCAUGUUUGUGCCAACUCUGCGCUUGUCGGCUGUCCUGGAGAAGCAGCAGCUGUCUGGGAGUCUCUAAGACAAGAAUCCAGAAAGACGCAGUUUUCCGGAAACCUCUACGACAUGUGUGCCAGCCUCACAACACUCCCACCCAGCACUGUGCCUGCACCCCAGAGCCCCCCCACCUCAGACCAGACCAACCAGGAGACACUGAAGGGACAGACACACAAACACAGUCCCAUCCUGGCCUCAAUGUUGUUCCCUGUAUGCAUCACCCUGCUGCUCCUGCUCAGGAGCUAGUAUCAGCAGAUCUUUUAAUCAGAGUAAUGAAAGCAUGGUCUUCAAAGACAUCCUGCACCUACACUUCAAACACACAAGGGUAAUACAUGCUUCACAAGCCAUGAUCAGCAAAAGUACAUGUUGAUCCUUUUAUAAGGAUUUCAGUGCAAAAUUAAACAUACAGCCCAAUGUUUUCUACACGGGCGAGAUGGU